AGGAACCGGUUGCUUGGACCGCCUCAUCUGUUGGUACCUAACGCGUCCGCCAUUCUGUCUCUCCGGGUGACAAAAGUGAUAGUGAUUAAGAAUCUCAUAGGUAUAGGCACAUGUCGUGGCGCUUAGAAAUUUGUUGCCUUAUGUUUUUAUCUCUAAAAUCGAAACAAAAGUUUGGAGAAAGUCUAGCCGCACAGCUUUUGAUGGUCGAUCUGUACGAUUCGUUUCACCUGAGGGGAAAAGUGCAUUCUUGAAAGUCGAUCUUAUGAGUGAAUGAAACAGGUUCCAGCUGUUGAAAGGUCAUUGAUGGGCGGUUCGGGAACACAAAUCAAAGGUGUAGGUGGAAAAGCUGGAAUCAGACAAUGGUGAACUGAAAGCCGAAACCGGAAAAGAUUACGUAUUCCUCAUUCCAAACUUGUCUCCACUAGCAAGUAGUUCUGAAAGACCCACCAAUUUUUGUUGUUGUCUUUGAGUGUAUCGUCGUGGGGAGAAUAUAAAUAACUAUUCGACGUUUGAUACUUUUGCUGCUGCGGCAUUCGUUUGGAAGCGCAUUCCCCACUAAUUCGGACGGGAGAGAUUUUAAUGACCGUUUGGAACCGUUUUAGAAGCCAAGCAUGAACCAACAAUUUAUCGGCUGAAUUGGCCUCAGAAGCAAACGACAAAUCAAUCUAGUUGAAAUUCGCACAGCUGACGUCAUUCAUGAGGAACGAGAAGUAUUCUCAUGAAACCAAAAGUAAAUCUGAGAGAUAUCAAAUAAAGCGAAGGUAAACAACACAGGAGGAAAUCUGUUUUCGUCAACGGAGAGCCCGAAAAGCACCUGUUACAGUGCUAUACGUAAACAAAAACAUCGUGCUUUUUACCGUUACUUAACUGAGCUGAGGGCUCUGGAUGCUUCAAUUGACUUCUAUUAAUAGGUCAGUGUGUGAUACCCUAGCGUAGUCGUCAUGAGUUCGGAAGAAACGGUAGAAGUCAUCAUUCCACUGGUCAAAUCCAUCACCAGCCUUACGUUCCAACAAAUCUCCUAUAAGGUGGAGCAAAAAGAUGGCACCAAGCAUCUGCUUAAAAAUAUCUCCGGUACUUUUCUUUCCGGAAGGCUCAGUGCCAUAAUGGGUCCUUCCGGUGCAGGGAAGUCAUCCCUGCUGAACGUCAUCAGCGGCUUCAGAACGAAAGGCGUCAAGGGUAGAAUACUGAUCAACAAUGAGCCGAUCGAUCGGGUAAAGUACCGGCAGCUUAUAGCUUAUACCGCUCAAGAUGUCCCGUUACUUCAGAACAUUACGGUUCACGAAACCCUCCAUUAUGCGGCAGAUCUAAAGCUUCCAGUUAGCGUAACCCAAAUCCAUAAAACCAAAAUCGUCAACGAUAUAAUUACGUUACUCGGUUUGGAAAAAUGUGUUCACAAUCAAGUGAAAGUUCUUUCCGGAGGAGAACGCAAACGACUUUCCAUUGGCUUAGAACUGGUAUCCAAUCCUAAAAUCAUGUUCUUCGAUGAACCGACUAGCGGGCUGGACAGUGAGUCUUCUUUCCAAGUGAUAUCCUACAUGAAGGAUUUGGCGAAACAGGGUCGGUGUGUGAUCAGUGUAAUUCAUCAGCCUAGUUCCGAUCUUCUGGAGCUGUUUGACGAUAUCUACGUAGUGGCUGAUGGACGGUGUAUGUACAAGGGAUCUUUGGAGCGACUGAUACCAACGUUGGAGACGGCGGGGUUCGUGUGCCCCCAGUAUUACAAUCGAGCUGAUUUCGCUCUGAAAGUGGCGUCAACAAUAAAAACAGAUCCUGAUAAACUGGAGACUCUCAUGCACUGUAUGCUGGAACCGUCCCUACUUGAGGAAAAGAAUGGCAUCCAUGACGAACGACAGUCGGUAAACGAGAAAAAACUGCUCGAAACGGGCUACCUUCAUGAUGAUACCACCGUUGAUAUGGAAAAACCAAAUCGCAGUCCCCAGUACCCGAUUUCUGCGUUGCGCCAAUUCUCGGUUCUAACCCGCCGCACCGCACUGGGAACGAUUCGAAAUCUGGCCCUGACGCUGUUACGAUUCAUUGGGCACAUUCUGUUCGGGCUGAUCAUCGGAGCCGUUUUCUACAACGUGGGUGACAAUGGCGCCAAGGUGCUUUCGAACGUGAGCUGUCUGGUGAUGGUGCUCAUGUUUAUCAUGUUCUCCAAUUCUAUGACCGUGGUGCUGACGUUUCCCAUGGAGAUGGCCGUCUUUGUUCGGGAGCACAAAAGCAACUGCUACACUGUCGGUGCCUACUAUUGGUCUAAAAUUGUAGCUGACUUCCCACUGAUGCUAGCUGGAGUGACUUGUUUCAUGCUGAUCGCCUACUAUCUGACUGGGCAGCCGAACGAAACUACUCGAAUCGUGCAGUUUUGGGCGAUAUGCGCACUGAUGGGGUGGACGGCCCAGAUGUACGGAAUGGUUGCCGGAAGUAUUUUUCCUGUCGAUGUUAGUCCGUUCGUUGUACCGAGCUCAUUAAUUCCGAUGAUUUUGUUCUCCGGAUUCUUCAUCCGAUACAGUGAACUGCUGGAUGUGUUCAAGCCGUUGACAUAUGUUUCCCACUUCCGGUACGGAUUUGAAGGACUAGCUCUGACCAGUUAUGGGUUCAAUCGGACAGAGAUUGGUUGCGAAGAUAUGUUUUGCUACUAUCGGAAGCCCAAAAAGGUGAUGGAAAUGUUGGAGAUCGAUCAAGGCAACUAUUGGAUAGACUUGGCUGGUCUUGGAGUCUGGAUUGUUGUGUUGCACAUUUUGUUAUACAUAAGUUUACGGUUGAGAUUAAGAUGGAACCAGUAGAUCAGUUCAAUAGGACUCGAAGAAAGGAAGAUCUGAAAAAAUAACACUAAGUCAGUAUGUUUAUUUUAGUUUACAAACAGAAGUUGAACAAUCAUUUCGGUGCAAGGAACUUUGUUUCAGAGUAAUGUAUAUUUAAGGUGAUUUUUCGGCUUUCAGUCUAUUCAAAUAGCAAAAACGACUAUUUAUUUAACGUUCCAACGUUUCAAUCCAUAUAGGAUCGUCAUCAGGGACUGUAGGGGAGAGUGGGGAUACUUGAUCCCUUUUUCUUAUUUUCACCAUAUCUUUUUGGGAAAAUUUGGCAACUCGCCGUCUUUGACAUUUUCUGACAGCUUGUAACUUCAAGUUUCUAUGCUCCAAAAAUUAGAACGAUACUUGAACCCGUUGAAGAACUAGAAGCAUUUUUGUGGGAGUAAAAAAAAAUGCGAUUUUUCUGAAGUUAGGGGAGACUUGAUCCCCUAUUGAAGGAGACUUGAUCUUUUAUUCAGGAAGCCCUAAUCCUUGUAUUAAAAUCAAACAAAACCCCAAGAUAGAAUGUUAAUUGACUAUUUCGGUCAUGUUUGUUCUCAUUUCACAAUUUAUAGCAGACAUAAGAAGAAAAUUCUAUAACUUUGUCUCAACGCUAACAACAUUGCAUACGUAAAGGCGCUAUUUUUUAUAAUUUAGAAAAAAUUAAUUAUUUUUGCUCUUUUCUUCAGAAAAUUGUUUGAUAAAUAUCAGUUUUUGGAUAAAUAUUAGUAAUUUCGUAAUCAGCAAUCAUAACGAUCAAUUCAGAAGAAGAAUAUGCCGUUUGGAAAGGGGAUCAAUUGUACCCAAUUCUAGGGGAUCAAUUGUACCCCAAAUCAACAUUUUAGAAAACUUUUCCUGAAAAAAGUUGAGAGUUUUCCAUUGCUUUGAAAAUAUGGCAUUAUGAAGUUCAUUUUACACUCGAACGGUUGAUACAUUGGAACAAAUAUUUUUUUCAUGAUUUUCCCAUGUAAGAAACAUUUUAAAGUGAUGAAAAAAGAUCUUCAAGUUACAUUUUGUGAAAUUUUUCAAACAAAGUUCAAUUUCUCAUACAAUUAUUUUGUUUAAAUUUUUCAAACUACAAGCAUUGUUAUUUUGCUCAUUUUGGCACAUUUUUCUAGAACAUUUGAUCUUUGUAAGACAUUCCAGUUUCGAGAUAUAGCUAAGGAAUCAAGUAUCCCUAGGGAUCAAGUAUCCUCAUUCUCCCCUAAUGUUUAUUGUGUGUUAACAAAAUAUCAAAAAAUCUUCACGAAAUUAACUGAUUCUUACCUAAAAUGUGUCGUAUUUCUUGUCAGGUUUGAUUCGGCUGAUCGGGUAAAGCUGUCAUUUGUGUUGUGAAAAAAUCCGUACUUCCUCCUUUUUUCUGUAUUAAAUUUCCGCAGCAUCGAUUUUCCACAGUCACUACUUUUCACUUUUUGUUUUGCUUUGAUCUGUUAUUACUAGUCCGUGCUAUUGUUUUCUGAAUGUUGUUGGAUUUGUGUUUCUGUGUUGGUAGUUUUAUGUUUUUGGUUUAUUUUUCGUAUGUGUUGGAUGGUUUUAAAAAUGUUUGCGUAUGAUGUAUGUAUGUUUUCGGUGUCUUUUUUUAGGUUUAUUGCAUGUUUUGUUGUUUUAAUGUGGCAACUCUCCAGUAUUAACAAUUUGUUUUCGUUGUCACAUCUGUCGAUGAUAUCCGCUUUAUCGAUGUCGAACAGAUGAUCCAUAGCUAUUUCAUGUUCCAGUAAGGCUGUUUGUUGGCGAAGUUGUUGAAUUGCAUAAUCCUGUUUCGUGUAUCCGAUGUUCCAUAAUCGCUUGAGUUCAUUUGUUUGGGUCCUGUGCUGUGAAAUCCGUUGUUUUAGUUUCCUCGUAGUGCAUCCAAUGUAGCAUGCUUCGCAGUUUUCCGUUUCUUGUGUUUCCUCCUCUUUCCAAUGUCCUUUGCAAUUUAUCCUGUAAAUUACAUUUGUUUGUUCGUCCCGUGGUGUUUUGUCUUUUAUUAUCGGGAAAAGGCAUCCAAUAGUCUUUGCUUGUUUACUUGCUGUUCGUAUAUCUGCGUAUUCCGAACGCAAUGUUUUUGUUAUGUUUGCGCUUAGACCAUCAAUAUUUGUGAGCGAGCGUGAAAUUUUAUUUUCUUCUGCUACCAUAGCUGUUUGGAUGUCACUUUUUUCGUUGAGACGAUUGAUAAUCCCAUUGAUUAAACCGAUUGGGUAAUCAUUCAGUCUCAAGUUGGUGCGAAUAAUUUCGUGGAUUUCAUUGUUGUUUGCUCGGGAUGAAAACAAUGAAACACGUUUUGCAAAGGCGGUUGCGACGUUUAACUUUUGAUGGAGUGGAUGGAAAGAGUAGAAAUUCAAAAAGCGGCCAGACGCGAUCGGUUUCAUGUACCAAUCGGUGGUGAUUUUUCCUUCUUCAUUUCGGUGCAACAUCAUGUCUAAAAAUGGCAAACUUCUGUCUUUUUCAACCUCAACGGUGAAUUGUAUGUUUCUACGUUGUGAGUUGAAAACGCUUUGGACAUAUUCCACAGAGUCUUCGGGAAGAAUCAGGAAUAAAUCGUCCACAUUAUAAAGAUUUUUAUAAAAAAAAUUUCUUUAAUUCAUGCCGAACGAAAUCAUCAAAAAAUUAUGAACAUGGUGUGUCGAUUUAAAUCUUUUUCGCAUUUUAAAAACCCUGUAGUCAAGAAAAUUUCUUUGAUGGUCAAAACGAGCGAAAGAAUGAACAAAAACUGACAAAAAUCUAUGACAAAAAUGACAAAAAUGACAAAAAUGACAAAAAUGACAAAAAUGACAAAAAUGACAAAAAUGACAAAAAUGACAAAAAUGACAAAAAUGACAAAAAUGACAAAAAUGACAAAAAUGACAAA